AUGAAUACAUCUGCGUGCAUUAGCAAGGAUGUAAUCGGAGUCCACAAGUCAGGAGAACGAGGACAGAGUGGGGAAGCAGAGGAGGUGCUUCCUCCAGCCGAACCCAGAGUGCAUGCAGCUGGAAAAGCAAGUCUCCAGCCAGUGGCGGAGGCGGCAGUGCUGGAGGUGCAGAGGGCCAAGGUGGCCAAGGAGGCCACAACUGAGGUGGCCGACUCAGAGUGUCAACGGUACAAAGUGACCUUUGGUGAGUCUGAGGCGGAAGUGGAGUUGGAAGUCAAGAAGACUGAUGGCGACGCUGCGGGCAAAUCCUCGGAGGAGUCAAAGAAAAACCAGGACCCCGCUGCGAGUGCCAAGGGAGCCAAGGAAUAUCUGGACAACCACGAUGUCCUGCGCGUCGUGCAGGCGGUGCUCCAGGCCGUGAUCAAAGAGAAGCCGGACGAUCCUUAUCGGUUCAUGGCGAAGCUCUUCAUGAAUGGGUACAUCGCCGGUGGUGCAGCGGAGGAAGUGCCAAAAGCAGUUGCCGACGCCCCAGCCCCCGAGCCUGUUGCUGUGGAGAAGCCCCAGGAGCCGGCAGCAGAGGUCCCGAAGGCAGAACCAGCGCCCCCGGCAGCCGAGGAACCCGCUGCACCACCUGCAGAGGCCAAGCCUGCAGAGACAGCAGCGGAGGCGCCAAAGGCAGAACCUGUUGCAGAGGCACCGCCAACUGAGGCUCCAGCCGCUCCAGUCGCCGAGGCAAAGCCGGAGGAGCCUGCUGCCGAGGCACCCAAGGCCGAACCAGUUGCAGAGGCAAAGCCCGAAGAGCCUGUUGCGGCCGAAACACCAAAGGUUGAGGAGGCUGCACCAGCCGCCGAGAAGCCCAAGGUUGAGGAGGCUGCGGCCGAGGCACCAAAGACCGAGGAGCUUGUUGCUGCCGAAGCACCAAAGGUUGAGGAGGUUGCGGCCGAAGCACCAAAGACCGAGGAGCCUGCUGCCGCCGAGGCGCCGAAGGUUGAGGAGGUUGCGGCCGAAGCACCAAAGACCGAGGAGCCUGCUGCUGCCGAAGCACCAAAGGUUGAGGAGGUUGCACCAGCCGCCGAGGCGCCAAAGGUUGAGGAGACUGCGGCCGAGGCACCCAAGACCGAGGAGCCUGUUGCUGCCGAAGCACCAAAGGUUGAGGAGGCUGCACCAGCCGCCGAGGCGCCAAAGGUUGAGGAGGUUGCGGCCGAGGCACCAAAGGCUGAGGAGCCUGCUGCUGCCGAGGCGCCAAAGGUUGAGGAGGCUGCAGCCGAAGCAAAGACCGAGGAGCCUGCUCCCGCCGAAGCACCAAAGGUUGAGGAGCCUGCGGCCGAGGCACCAAAGACCGAGGAGCCUGCUGCUGCCGAAGCACCAAAGGUUGAGGAGCCUGCCGCAGAGGCACCAGCUAACGAGCAGCCUGCUGCAGCCGAGGCGCCAAAGGUCGAGGAGGCUGCGGCCGAGGCACCAAAGACCGAGGAGCCUGUUGCUGCCGAAGCACCAAAGGUUGAGGAGGCUGCACCAGCCGCCGAGGCGCCAAAGGUUGAGGAGGCUGCAGCAGAAGCACCAAAGACCGAGGAGUCUGCUGCUGCCGAAGCCCCAAAGGUUGAGGAGGUUGCCGCCGAAGCACCAAAGACCGAGGAGCUUGCUGCAGCCGAAGCACCGGCUGCCGCAGAGGCACCAAAGACCGAGGAGCCUGCUGCCGCCGAGGCGCCCAAGGUUGAGGAGGUUGCGGCCGAGGCACCAAAGACCGAGGAGCCUGCUGCUGCCGAAGCGCCAAAGGUUGAGGAGGUUGCGGCCGAGGCACCAAAGACCGAGGAGCCUGCUGCGGCCGAGGCGCCAAAGGUUGAGGAAACUGCGGCCGAAGCACCAAAGACCGAGGAGCCUGCUGCUGCCGAAGCACCAAAGACCGAGGAGCCUGCUGCCGCCGAGGCGCCAAAGGUUGAGGAAACUGCCGCAGAGGCACCAAAGACGGAGCCUGCUGCUGCCGAGGCACCAAAGGUUGAGGAGGCUGCGGCCGAGGCACCAAAGACCGAGGAGCCUGCUGCCGAGGCGCCCAAGGUUGAGGAAACUGCCGCCGAAGCACCAAAGACCGAGGAGCCCGCUGCGGCCGAAGCACCGAAGGCUGAGGAAGGUGCCGCUGAGGCACCGAAGGCCGAGGAGGCGGCAGCAGAAGCGCCAAAGGCUGAGGAGCCAGUUGCCGAGGCGCCAAAGGCUGAGGAAGCCGCCGCAGAGGCACCAAAGGCUGAGGAAGCAGCCGCUGAGGCACCAAAGGCCGAGGAGGCGGCAGCAGAAGCGCCAAAGGCUGAGGAGCCAGUUGCCGAGGCACCAAAGGCUGAGGAAGCCGCCGCAGAGGCACCAAAGGCUGAGGAAGCAGCCGCUGAGGCACCAAAGGCCGAGGAGGCGGCAGCAGAAGCGCCAAAGGCUGAGGAGCCAGUUGCCGAAGCGCCAAAGGCUGAGGAAGCCGCCGCAGAGGCGCCAAAGGCUGAGGAAGCAGCCGCAGAGGCACCAAAGGCCGAGGAGGCGGCAGCAGAAGCACCAAAGGCUGAGGAGCCAGUUGCCGAGGCGCCAAAGGCUGAGGAGCCAGUUGCCGAGGCGCCAAAGGCUGAGGAAGCCGCCGCAGAGGCGCCAAAGGUUGAGGAAGCCGCCGCAGAGGCACCAAAGGCUGAGGAGGCUGUUGCGGAAGCACCGAAGGUUGAGGAGGCUGCCCCAGAGGCACCAAGCAAUCAAGAGCCUGCCGCGGAGGCGCCAAAAGCUGAAGAGGCUGCAGCGGAGGCACCAAAGACGGAGGAGCCUGCUGCUGCAGCAGCAGAGGCCCCAAAGACUGAGGAGGCAGCACCUGCUGCCGCAGAGGCGUGGCUUCCGAGAUGGGCAUUGAAAUUGAAUUGGUCAUCAUAA